CCUUUCCAAAAACGACGGGGUAUCUGUAGCAUCCCCUUGUUCCUUCAAUUCAAUAGAUUCAAACUUUAUCAACACGUUACUCCCCGCCCGCACCUAUACAUGAGAGGAUGACGUUGCCUUCAGACAGUCGAUACUAAGGUACUUGUUUUACAACAGCCCAUGGUCAUUAUUCUUUACUGGGGUGGUGCUUUCUUUUUCUGCUCCGAAACAACAACCUGGAAUCGUUCACCGCACUUUCUUCACAGCUAGACAAGGCACUUCCAUUCUUCUCCAUAACCUCCGAGCACUGCUCCCUGUGUGUCCUAGAGUUUUCGAGAGUUUGCGUUAGGCAAAAUGGACUCUGAUGAGUCCGACUUCUACGGGGACGAUGAGAUUGUCGCCGGCCUAGAGUCUCGGGUUACGUCAUUUGACGUUUCUCGGUGGUGGGAAGAGAGGGAUGCGGCGGCGGCCUCCAUCUCGGUGAUGGACAGAAACGUCAAAAAGGAGCCUCUCGACAGCACCAAACUCCACAACCCAUACGCCGGUGUUCCUUACGCGUGGCAAUUGACGGAGACCGUCAAUGACUUCCUGGAUCGUCUCCCUCCCGAGACGACGGAGCACAGCGAGCGACUCCCGUGGAUUUUCGUAUGCAAUCCGUACAUCCGCAGGAAGGACAGGUUCAAUGCCCAGAAUCAGCGGAGCAGAGGCAACGAGGACGAAGCACCCGGAGAAGAGGGCUCACGACUCGAUACUCUUAUCGAGGGGGGUUCGGAGAGAUUAGAUAUCCUCCUCAACUACAAGCAAGGCCUGGAGAAGACCAACAAAUCCAAGACAGUACAGGCAAAAUUGCUGAGGCAAGAACAAGAAGAUGCCACCCGAGAUAUCAUGGGCCUCGCGCACAUGUGUAAGAUCAAAGCCGGCAAGUGGAUGCUCUUCUGUCAGCCCAAGGAUGUCAACGAAGUCUGGAACGUCAUAGCAAGGGCCACAGCGAAUAACGAACUAGGCAUUGCCGCAAAAGUUGCCCCUUGGAAUCCGUAUACGGACCCCACCGGUCGAAAAGACCGGAUUGUAUGCGUUUACACGGCCGACUUCAGUGACAUGGCAGAUGUCACCCGCGUCUUGCGUCGGCUGAGGGAGCUCAAGCUCGUUGAGGCUAUGGGGCGUCCUAUCUACUAUAAGCCAGAUGCGUUUACAUAUCUCGGUAUUGCUUCCGGCAAUCAUUGGGGUUUGAAGGCCUCGAUUUACAGUUCUAGGGAUGUGCUAUCCUAGUAGGUAGUCAUCGGCCCUGUGGUUUUCCACUUCCCGAGAGGAGGUUGUAUAUGGUUCACUUGAUGAUGCAAUGCCUUGCAGCUGUAGGCCCAGUACUUAUCUCAGCGAUUGAAUGCUGUCGGGAGUGAGAAAAGAAAGCCAGCUGGACCGG